CAGGCACCGGGCCCCCGGGCGGAGCAGCAGGCAGCGGGCCCCCUAGGCGGGGCGACCGGCAUCAGGCCCCUAGGUGAGCGGCGGGCGCCGGGCCCCCAGGGAGGGGCGACAGGCUUCGGGCCCCAGGCGGGGCGACAGGCAUCGGGCCCCCAGGCGGAGCGGCGGGUGCCGGGCCCCCAGGAAGGGCGACAGGCAUACGGGCCCCCAGGCGGAGCGGCAGGCGCCGGACCCAGGCGGAGCGACAGGUCUCGGGCCCUCAGGCGGAGCGGCGGGCGCCGGACCCCCAGGCGGAGCGACAGGUCUCGGGCCCUCAGGCGGAGCGGCGGGCGCUGGACCCCCAGGCGGAGCGACAGGUCUCGGGCCCUCAGGCGGAUUGGCGGGCGCCGGUGGGAGCGACAGGUCUCGGGCCCCCAGGUGGAGCGACGGGGUCUCGGCCCCAGGCGGGUAAUCGACAGGUCUUUCGGAGCG